AUGAUGUACAACAAGACCACGAGUCACCACAAAAACCAUUUCUGCAUGCAUUGUCUCCAAUGUUUCAGUACAGAAGAGAUACUUUCCAAGCAUAAGGAGAAUUUCAUGUUCAUUGAUGGUCAGCAGGCUGUGAAGAUGCCAAAGAAAGGCAAUAAAGUACAGUUUCAAAAUUUUCACAAGCAGGUGCCGGUACCUUUUGUUAUAUAUGCAGUUUUUGAGGCCAUUACAGAGAAAUCAGAUAGUUGCCUACCUGAUAGUAAUAAAUCUUAUACCGACAAAUACCAGCAGCACACGGCAUCCAGCUAUGGCUAUAAACUUGUAUGCUGCUAUGAUGACAAAUACACAAAGCCAGUUAAGACUUACUGGGGAGAGGACUCUGUUGAGAGGUUUAUGAAAAAGGUGCUCAAGGAGGAAGGCUAUUGUAGGAAGAUUAUCAGGAGUAAAUUUAAUAAGCCAUUGGUUAUGAGCGAUGAGGAGGAACAGAUGUUUAAGGGUACCAUUGAGUGCCAUAUUUGUGGAGAAGAAUAUAAGGACAAACGGAUUAGGGUUAGAGAUCAUUGCCAUACCACUGGUAAAUAUACAGGAUCUGCCCAUCAGGACUGCAAUUUAAAGCUCCGUAUUAGUGCCAAGGAUUUUAAGCUCCCAGUUAUUUUCCAUAAUUUGAGAGGAUAUGACAGUCACUUUAUCAUGCAAGAAAUUGGAUCUGUAGGAAAAAGCAAUAAUUUAGAUAGAAACUGCAUCCCUAAUAAUAUGGAGAAAUACAUGGCCUUUAUGCUGGGUAAACACUUAGUAUUUCUGGAUAGUUUCCAAUUUAUGGCCAGUAGUUUGGAGAGACUAGCAGCUAAUCUUCCUGGGGAUAAAUUUAAGUACACAUCACAAGAGUUCCAAGAUGAGGAACUAGCUCUUAUGAAAAAGAAAGGAGUAUAUCCUUAUGACUAUAUGGACAGUUUUCAGAAGUUUGGUGACCAACAACUACCCCAAAAGAAGGAGUUCUACAGUAUUCUUACAGAUGAGGGCAUCAGUGAUGAGCAAUACCAACAUGCCCAAAGAGUACGGGCUACAUUUGGGAUGAAGACAAUGGGCAAUUAACAUGAUCUGUAUCUUCAGAGUGAUAUUCUUCUAUUAGCAGAUGUUUUUGAGAACUUCCGUAAGACAUGUCUACAAUAUUAUAAAUUGGAUCCAUGUCACUAUUUUACAUCUCCAGGCCUUUCUUAAGAUGCCAUGCUUAAGUUGACUAAUAUUAAGCUAGAAUUGAUGACAGAUGUGGACAUGUUCCAAUUCCUUGAAAAGGGAAUGAGAGGUGGGAUUUCCUACAUUGCUAACCGAUAUGGGGAAGCAAAUAAUAAAUACAUGAAAUAGUAUAAUCCAGAGAAAUCCAGUAAGUAUAUCCACUAUCUAGACGCUAAUAAUCUUUAUGGAUGGGCGAUGUCUCAGUGCCUUCCAACAGGUGGAUUCAAAUGGCUAACCCCUAAGCAGAUUAAUAAGAUCAUGAGUAAGACUCUAUUGCCUGAUAAAGACAAGGGAUAUAUAUAUAUAUAUCUAUAUAUAUAUAUAUAUAUUUGA